CUUGUCUUGCAUCUCUUUUUCAAAGUUUUUGAUCUUUUUCUUUCCUUGUUCUAUUGGAUUCCAUUAAAAACAAUCAUGACAACAUCUGAAACACCUCAGCAAGAUACCACUCCUGCCAUUGCCGUUCCCGCUAAACUGGAAGAUACUGUGUCUGCAUCAACACCAGCCAUUGAUUCUACGGUUCAAGACACUGAUAAAUCGGCGACGGCUCCUCAGAAGGAUGCACCCACCAAUGAUGCUACCGCCGAUGCCAACCCUGUUUCCACCGCAGGUUUACCCACCGAUGAUGAACAUCAAGAAACCGAGAAUCAAAACGAUACAGCGACGGCGGCAGCUGACACGGCUAAACCUGCUUCUCCCAAGAAGCGAAUCUUCAACCCCUUUGUGAAACCCGCGAAAAAGGAAGUCGCACCCACUAACAAUGAAGAACAAGAGCCAGCUUCUUCUUCCCCUUCCUCACCCGUCGAAUCCACCACAACAAAGACAGCCGACAAGAGAAAAUCAAAAGGCUUUGGUAGCUUAUUCAACCGAGUCAAGGGCAGCAGCACCAAGACUGAAGAACCAGUGGCUGCUCCUGUGAGUGAAGCACCCGCUGAACCUGUGGAAUUACCCAAAAUCGAGCAUUUAUCGCCCAUUGAAACGUCAGCUGUUGUUCAAGGGGCCGAGAAUGAAGGUACCGCUGCCACGGAAACGGCCGGUUCCGAAGAUAAGCAGGCCAACACCGACCCUGCUACCGUGGCGGCAACAGAAGCCGUCGCCGCACACACCACUGCUCAUGACGAGACCGUAGCAACAAACACCGAAACACCUGUAGAAGCCAACCAAGCCUCUUCACAAGAAGAAGCGUCCUCACCAGCCUCGGAUCAACCGGCCGCCAAGCGUGCUUCGCUCAUCAGCAAGUUCUUUGGUGGUGGUAACAAGAAGAAGGAGCCCGUGGAAAAACCCACCGAACCCAAAGAAGAACCUCAGCCGGAGGAAUCACCCAACGAAACUCCAGUUCCCGAACAAGAAGGUACAUAUUCCAUCUAUUUUACAGAGUCUUUUAUGCAAAACAAAAAGUGCUGCUGCCAUUGGAGGCAGACGUACACAUACUUUCUUUUGCGUUUCAUGAUAAUUGUCCCUCUUAUUUCUCCCUCUUCCUCCCCCCACAAAAAAAAGGGUCCCUUUUUGGAUCGGAGGCAGAAGAGAACAGUCCCCCCUCCCCUUUAUUCGAAACACACACGCACACAAAGAAAAAGAGAGAGAAAGCAUGAGAUUCAGGAGGGAAAACCCCGAAAAAGAAAGGAGUGUUCUUUUUUACUGAUGCUUCUUUUUUAUCAUGGUUAUUCUUAGAAACAGCUACCAAAGAAGUGG